AUGUCAUUCAGAGGUGGAAAUCGUGGUGGAUUCGGUGGUGGUAGAGGUGGUGCCCCAGGUGGUGGUCGUGGUGGUUUCGGUGGUGGAGGCGGCCGUGGCGGUAGUCGUGGUGGUUUCGGUGGUGGAGGCCGUGGUGGUUUCGGUGGUGGUUCUGGUGGUGGUGGUUAUGGUGCUCAAGCUUCUGGUGAACUCGUUGAACUUGGUACAUUCCAACAUGUCUGCGAAGAUGCCAUCGUUUGUCUCAUUACACACAAGGAUAUCCCAAAAUUCAACAACAAGGUAUUCAACAAGUCACACCAAGCUAUCGGAUCUGUCGAUGAAAUCUUUGGUCCAACUACCAAGGCAUUCUUUAGCGUUAAAUUAGAGUCAGGUGUCCAAGCUACUUCAUUCAAGUCUGGUGACGCCAUUUUCAUUGAUACCAGUUCGUUGUUACCAAAGAGAAUGUUCACUGAAGAGCCAAAGCCAAAGGCCAAGGUACCAAAGGUUCCAGGUUCCAAGCCAGCCGGUGGUAGAGGUGGUUUCGGUGGUGGUCGUGGUGGUGGUGCCCCAAGAGGCCGUGGUGGCUUUGGUGGUGGUCGUGGUGGUGCUCCAGGUGGUGGUAGAGGUGGUUUCGGUGGUGGAGGCCGUGGUGGUUUCGGUGGUGGUCGUGGUGGCUCCUCUGGAGGUAGAGGUGGUUUCGGUGGUGGUCGUGGUGGUGGUUUCGGUGGUGGUCGUGGUGGUUCUUCUUAUUAA